AUGUCUUUCUUGAGGAAUUGGUUCGGUACCACCACCACGGCCCCUGAAGUUCAGAAGGACCAGAAGACGCCUGUUCGCGCCCUGCCAGCAUCAUGGUAUACUUCCCAGGACAUGUACGAGCUUGAGCGACGAUCAAUCUUCUCUCGCAAAUGGCUCCUCACCACACACAAGCACCGCGUCCCCAAUGCCGGCGACUGGGUCCAGUACGACGCGGCUGGCUACAAGUUCAUCGUCUCCCAGGAUGAGCAGGGAAACAUCAAGGCCUACCUGCAUGACAAUGACCUCUCUCCCGUCCAUGUGCAUAUUGAUCGUAAUGGCUUCAUCUGGGUCAACCUCGAUUCCAAGGAGACACCCGAGGUUGCCUGGAAGGACGACUUUGACGGUGUCGACGAGCAGCCUCGCUUCGACUACUACAAUUUCGACGACUACCACUUUGACCACACCUGGGACAUGGAGGGUGACUUCAACUGGAAGAUUCUGGCCGACAACUACAACGAGUGCUACCAUUGCCAAGUUGCGCACCCCGAUAUUCCGACCAUCGCCGACCUGAGCUCAUACUACGUCAAGACCAAGGACGGUCACAUCCAGCACUACGGUGCUCAGCGCCAGGAACAGAUCGACAAGGGCUUCCGGAUAGCUACUACCUACUUCUGGCCCAACGCUUCCUGCAACGUCUCUCCAAACUUCUUCUUCAUGCAGCGCUUCACUCCCGUGAUCCCAACUAAGUCUGUUAUGCGCUACGAGGUCUACCGCCACAACGAUGCCACCGAUGAAGACUUCAACCUCAUCAGUGACAUGUACAAGCGCAUCAUGUCCGAAGACAAGUACCUCUGCAUCCACACACAGAAGAACCUGAACGCCGGUGUCUUCGUCAACGGUCUCCUCCACCCAGAGAUGGAGAUGGGCCCGCUGCACUUCCAGAGCACUGUGCGCGAAGUUGUCAUCGAGCACUUCAACAAGGAGCAGGCUGCCGGCCACGAAAUCUGGCCUGCCAAGCAAGAAGUUUCCAGUGUCGACGCUCCAGCUGUUGCCGAGGCUGAUAUCGCGAUCCGUACGGGAAUGGACACCUAUGCGGAUGCGGAUAAUCUGCAGGAGUCCUUGACUGGUAACCUUGCGCCGGCUAUUGCUGUUUAG